CAAUCGCCAAGGGUCGAUACUCAACCCUCUAGACGCGCCGUCGUCGUUGAUAAACAGCACCGGACAACAUGCUUAUUCCCAAGAAGAACCGCAAGGAGGUGUACAAGUACCUCUUCCGUGAGGGCGUCAUCUACGCCAAGAAGGACUUCAACCUCCCCGCUCACCCCGAGAUCAAGGAGGUCCCCAACCUUCAGGUGAUCAAGCUGAUGCAGUCCUUCACCUCCAAGGAGCUCGUCAAGGAGCAGUUCUCCUGGAGGUACUACUACUGGUACCUCACCAACGAGGGCAUCGAGUACCUCCGCGAGUACCUCAACCUCUCUGCGGAUGUCGUCCCCAACACGCUGAAGAAGUCUACCCGCCCCCCCACCCGCCCCAUGGCGGACGAGCGCGCGCCCCGCGGCGACCGCGGUCCCCGCGGCGGCCGCGAGGGCUACCGCUCCGAGCGCCCCGGCGGCUUCGGCCGCGGCGGCGACAAGGCGGGCCCCGGCGGUAACUUCAACCCCCAGUUU